AGCCCGCCUCACAGCUACGUCCCGUGUGUUUGGGGCGGUCUGCGCUAAAAAGCGGCCAGGAACAGGUCCUCAGUCCUUUGACUCACACCACUGAAGCAGACUCACCAACCAGCAGUAACAUGGCAGCCUUAUCAGGCGGGAAAAAGACGAGCCAAAAGGCAAAGGGUGGCUUUAUCCGAGUGAGGAAGAGAGAUUUAGAGAAGUUGACCACAGAAGUCAUGCAGCUUAGAGAGUUCCUGCCCAGAGUUGUGAAUGGGGAUCUGAUGGAGAUGCUGCAUAAAGCCCGAGCAGCUCAGACAAUGAAGGAGCAGAUGAGGCAGGAGUGUCUGCACCUGCAGUCUCGACUGGAUGCUGUGCAAACUGAGAGUCAAAAAGAGAAAGAGGAAAAGCUGCUGUUACGUGAGCAACUGUGGCAGAGCAGAGUGGAGCUGCAGCAGCAGGCAGACUUCUGCUCUGGUCUGGGAUCUGCUGCCUGCAGUCUGCUGUGGAGCUGCUCUGCCAAGGAGGACACCGUCUCACUUUGGCUGGCUGAUGGGAAGCUGCAGGCCUUCCUUGCUGUAGCUGCUCAGACUCUCGAGAGCUUUGUCACGUCUUUGGAUGAAGAGGAGAAAAGUCAAACUGAGGACUACAACUCCCACGAGCACCAGUUUGUGCUGGCAGUGGCUGGGACCAUUACUAACGUAGCAGCAGUAACGCAGGGGCGGGACUUCCUGUCAAGCUCAGCGCAUGUCUUGCUGGACACUUUGAUGAAACUUCUCAAGUUGAUGAAGCCUGGUGUCUUCCCCAGACUGAAAGUGUUGAUGCUGAUGGCGCUCUAUAACGUGAGCAUCAGUCUCAAAGGACUGAAGUACCUGAGUGAGAACCAAGGAAUCCUCCCUCUCAUCUGGAGCCUGCUUGAUGACGGACACUGGGAGGUGUGUCUCCACUCCCUGCGUCUCCUGCAGUCCAUGUUGUUAGAGGACGAUGUGUUGCUCCUGUUGGGCUCCUCGCUCCUGGAUCCAGACCUGUGUGCUGGCGUCAGCAGGCUCGCUGCCAGCACGCAGCCAAGCCUGAGACUGACCGCUCUGCAGACCUUGGAGGACCUCCAGGCCCUCCAACAGGGCCGGGCCUGCAAACAGAGCCGUGUGUGACGAGGGAGGACUGGAAGUGAAAGAAGAGCCUUUCUCACUGCAUUGUUCACCGUUCAGCUUCUAUGUAUGUUCACACUGCUGUGCAUUGUUAGUGCGUAAAGUGCAUGUAGAUCUGCAUUGUUAAACCUGUCCUAGUAAAGAUGUUUGCAGUG